UUUAUUACAUGGUUCGUCCAUCAAAAAGCAGCGAAUAUUUUGUGAUAUAAAAAUAUUCAAUUGUAAGGACGCUUCGCUUGUUUACUGAUAAUUAAGUGAAUGUUUAUUUGUAUACAUAUUGAACUUCAAAACUAUAGCUAGUACAGUGUUCUCUGAGGUACAAACACAUAAAUCAAAAUAGUUACUGUUGUCAACAUAGCAACUGCAGCUUCACACUUUUUACGUGUGAAUUUGGAUUUUAAUACCAUGUGGAUUGGACUCGACUUAUAAAUAAUUUUUGACGAAAUAUUUUACAAUGGCAGAUGAUUUAAGGAACUAUAAAUUGCAGUUGCAACAGGUAGAAGCUGCUUUAUUGACUGAUCCAGAAAACGAAGAACUUUUGAAGCUUAAAGCGGAUUUGGAAGAAGUAAUUGAGUUGACUCAAGAUCUAAUAAAAACUCAAGAGGGUGAAACCAAUGUCAGUGUUCAUAGUUCUAGUAAUAAUGAUGAUGUUACAGCUUCCCUGCUGGCUGCGGAGAGUGGUGAAGCGGCAGCAGUGCAAAAGUGGCAUGUUGGGGACAAGUGUCUUGCUAAAUGGAAAUCUGAUGGCAUGUUCUAUGAAGCCACAAUUGAAGAGAUUGGUGAGAAUAGUCUAAAAGUUAAAUUUAACGGAUACACAACAUUGGAACCUGUAUCUAUGCUGGAUGUUAAAUCUUUAGGCUCGGGUGUGAAAAGACCAUUAAGUGGUGAUGAAGGAAAACAAGGCAAAGGCUAUAAUAGGGAAUAUUUGAAAAAGAAGAAACAAAAAAAGCAACAGAGAUUUAAACAAAUAGAAGAAGAAAGGGAGAGUGAAAAGAAUAAGUGGCUUUCAUUCCAUACGAAAGCAUCUAAAAAGCCAGGUAUAAGAAGUAAAAGUAUAUUUGCUUCGCCUGAUAACCUAGAGGGCAGGGUUGGAAUUGGAACAUGUGGAAUAUCUGGUAGACCAAUGACUGAGUAUACACCCGGAGAAAAGUGGAAAAAGGGUGGAUAACUCACUAACAUAAGUCUUAGUUUAAAUUCUGUACUGUCUUUGUCACAUGAGACUCAAUAAAUACUUUAUAUACAAAA